CUCUAGCCUACUGUAGUUCACCAGUGCGCGAUUUUGCUGGACUACAUUAUUCGUGAGUUGGGACACAGAGUAUCCUACUAAGAAGAUAUUUUGGUGAACUUUUAAGAGGAUUGGAUAAAAUGAACUCAAUCUGCUUUUAACUAUAUUUAUCCACCUGGAAAAGUAGAUAACUUGCCCACGAACAUGGCAAAGGCAUACAAUCUGUAUGUAGGAAUGGUAACAGAUUCUAACACCAAUGUUGGUGGAUUUGGAAGGAUUUGACUUGAUGUUUGUGCAUUGUGUGACCAGCUCUGUUUGUUUUCUGGUCGUAGCUUUGGCCCUGUGUAAAUACUCUCUGGCUGAAUUGAAUACAACUGAGCAGCCAGCGAACAACACUGUGUCCCUCCAUCACCAAGGCAACACAAACAACUUCAAAGACUCAAUAGAAACUGCAACUCAAGCCAAAAAGAGCGGCCAUUUCACCAAAUGUACAAAGGAGUUAAGGCAAUACUGUAUCCAUGGGUCGUGUCGCUUUGUAAAGGAACAGAAUACUCCUUCAUGCAGAUGUGAGAGAGGGUACAUUGGGUCCAGGUGUGAGUAUGUUGAUCUGGCCUCGCGUCUAGGUGACAAGAGGCAGAUCAUCGUAGUCUGUGUGAUAGCAGCGUUGGUCUUCCUCAUACUGCUCAUCACAUUCAUCUGCAUCUGUGCACAUCGACAUAAACUUUGCAGACGGAAGAGGAAAAGGAAAGAGGAGACGAGGAAUGGAACAGAGAAGCUCAAUAUGAUUAUGAUGAUGAACACAAAUGUAAUGCAUGUAGCUUCAUCAGAUUCAGUAGAAACCUCAGACACCAAUGCAGUAUGACUAGCGGCGGGGACUAUAAUGGUAUUCUCCUGCCGGACGGGAUGAGGGCCUUGGUUGUAAGUGCCUGUUGGGAAGAGAGAGCGUGCUCUAACAGCACUGCGGAUGUAUACUCUUCAGCUGCUUCUCACUGCCAACCACAGUCUACAGUAUGGACUGUUCUGUGCAGAAAUGUAGGAGAACACAAGAAAGACUGGACCAGCUCCUGGGAACUCAUACAACCUUUAUGGUCAACAUGUAGCUGGAUCAAUAGAACAGCAACAACUCUGUGCAUUUGGAAAUGUGAUAAUGUGAUAAGGUUUUUCUCAAAGACUCAUUUGUGUAAGCAAAAUAUACAAGGUCAUCAAAUCACAAUAAGUUCAAGUAAAACCAUAAUUUAGAGGAUAUUUUGAUGGACUCUGGGCUCUGAAGGAGUAGGCCUUUUUAUGAACUGUCGUGUAAUGUAACCUACUCUUAUUUGGGCCUGGAUUUAAUGAUUAACAUGUAUUCAAGCUAACAGUCCAGGUAUGCUUACUCCUGGAUGUGAUACGUGUCAUAAUGAGGACUCAUGCCAUGUAGGCCCCUAUGUGGGACAGAUUAUACUAGGUCUAAUACUGGUAAAUGAUGUAACAUACUAUUCGUACACUUGAAAAGGUGUGAUUUAUCAAACAAUCCUACCAGCGUCAUACGCACACCGGUAGGAGAUAAAAUUGAUAAAUACCAA